AUUCUUGUGAGUCCGUGGGCUUGUGGAGCAGAGUGGCAGCUGAAAUAUUCGUAGUCCUCUAUAGAGUCUAUACAGUAGUCUCGAGUGUCUACUAUCGUGGUGAAUGGCUUGGCUGGUCAGAGAGCGUUUUCAAGGACUUCAAAAUGAGCGGGGUGAAUUCGCAUCUUCACCAGUUCAUCAAGACUGAGAUGAAGGAGCCUCUGCCUAUGCCCGUGUAUCCGACACCGAAUUUUAACGCCUGGUUCAGUUCGGCCACGCCCAUCAGCCCCGCCUCCCAACAGGCGGGGCCUCCAAACAGCCAAGCAGGGGGAAGCUCUGCUGCCGCCUUGAGUGGAGGUGGUGGGAGUGGGAGUGGCUUGCACGAGAAAACCCGCCCCACAGCCUGUCAUAUUUGCGGCUUUGUCCUGGUGUCCCGGGCCAGUUUAAAGCGUCACAUGAUGACUCACGAGAAUAACUUCCCGUACAAAUGCGGGGACUGCGACAAAGGGUUCAAGUCGCAAGCGGAGUUGAAACGCCACGGUUUGGUGCACUCGGACGACCGAGAGUUCCAGUGUCACGUGUGCGAAAAGGGGUUCAAAUCGCGGCAAGAGGUGAAACGCCACCAAACGGUCCACACCGAGGAUCGACCUUUCAAAUGUAGUUUGUGCGAGAAACGCUUCAAAUCCAGGUCGGAAUGGAAGCGGCACACGUCGGUCACGCACAGCGAGGACCGCAAAUAUCAGUGCCAUGUGUGCUUCAAGGCGUACAAAUCGAGUUUUGAACUCAAACGACAUACCAAAUCCCACCUGGAGUGCGAACUGAAGAAGCCGCCUGUUCUGCCGUUGCACCCGGUCAAACCCGCCAGUUUGUACCAGUGCGACAUUUGUGGCAACCGAUACCCCACGGAGCUGCAGAAGUUGCAGCAUCAAAUCCAGCACAUCCCUCAGAAGUCGUUUCAGUGCGCGCACUGCGACAAGACCUUCAAGGCCUUGCCGGAGCUGCGUCGCCACGACGGCAUGUGCCAUUCCGAACUCCGGCCGCACAAGUGCGACAUCUGCGGCAAGGGUUUCAACUCGCCCAACCUGGUCAAACGCCAUCAGUCCGUCCAUUCGGACGAUCGACCCUAUGAGUGUAGGGGAUGCGACAAGAUGUUUAAGAGCAGCUACGAGCUCAAAAGACACGAGAAGGUGGUCCAUGAACAGAACAAAUAUGACACUCUCAUGGGUGAAGUCAUCGGACACGUCAUGGAACAUUGACGAUAGGGAACCAGUUGCUUAGCUCGCGUACCCGUUUAAGUAUACAUAUUAUAUAUUGAGAAGAAAAUAAGCAUCAUGUUUGUGCUGUUGUCAUGCCAUUUCGUGGUGGGAGCCGUGCCGAGCUGCAUUUUAGCAUUGGGUUAUUUUGCUCCUGCGUCCCAACCUUGCAAGCGUUCUGCAUUGUUCCAACCCCGCCCUAUUGAAGUUCUGGAAUAAAGCCGGAUGAUGUCUUGCUUUUUAGAUAAUAA